AAAAACAAAAUUAAAUAAAUUACAACAAGAUCUUUUGCAAUAUUAUAAAGAAAUAAUAAAUCAUACAAAUGUCUCAUCACAAUUACGAGAAAUUCAAUUAGCAAUAGAAAGAGAAACAAGAUUAUUUGCUGAACAAAAAGUAACUUUAUUUGAUUUAGUAAAUGAAAAAUAUCAAAAAAAUAUACAACAAGAAAUAAUUAACAAUAUUAAUGAGAAAAUAAAUAAAGAAUCCAAUAUUGUUAAAUUACAAGUCGAUAUAAAAGAUGAGAUUAAUGAUAAUAAUAAUCUUACUUUUCAACAAAAAUGUGAAUUACAUAAUAUACAUAAUGAAAAAAUUAGAAAUUUUCAUAGAAAUACUGAAUUAACAAGAUUUCAAGAAGAAAUAAAAAAUGAAAGUUUUCUUGAUAAAGUUAGACAAGAAUAUUUAAAAGAUGAAAGAACACAAGAUAAAUUAGAUCAAGUAAGAAGAUCACGAUUAGAUUUUCUUAAUAUUAAAAAUGAAAAUCAAAUAUAUAAUUCAUUAUUAAUUGAGAUUCAACAAUCAAAAGAUAUUGAAAGAUUAAAAGAUGAUGAUCAAACAAGAAGACCACUAUUAGAUUCUCUUUAUGAUAGUGAUGGAAAUCAAAGUUAUGAUUUAUUAUUAGAAUUAAUUCAUAAUAAUUUAGUAUUAUUGAAAAAUACAAGAAAACAAAAUUAUAAUGAUGGAUUAUAUAAUAUUUUAAAAUCAGCAAUUGAAAAUGAAAAUAGUAUUGAUAAAUUAAAAACUAUUUGGUUACAAGCUAUUAAUAAAAUAGAAUAUGAAUAUUUGACAAAUGAACGAACUAAAUCAAUACUUCAAGAAUUAUUGAAUAAAAGAAUUCAAUAUUUACAACAAUUAGAAGAAGUACCUAAAUGUCUGCAAACAAAACAUUCUAUUGAAGAAGUUGAAAGUAAUAGUCCAACAACAAAUCCCAAUAAAGCAGACCAAGAAUAUCAAAGAAAAUAUUUUCCUCGUACAAAAACUAAAACAGUAUCUGAAAUUAUUAAAAAAGCUUAUAAUACAAUACGAGAUAAACGAUCAUUAUUAGAUGUGUUAUACUAUAAAUGGUUCUCUGUAGAAAAAAUAGAUGUGAUAGUAAGUAUUAAAGUUAUUAUCGAUCAAUAUAAAAAUUCAUUAGCAAAUAUUCUCGAUAUCACACAAAAAAAUAUUGAUAUUAUACAACAGAGUUUAUCAGAUAUGAUGCUUGAUUAUAAAACUGAAAAUGAAAAAAAGAAUUUUUUAGAUGUUGUAACAGAGGUGUUGAUAAAUGAUGAAGAAAUUGAAUAUAUUAAAGAAGAGAUAAAAAAUAUGUUUAAUUUAUUUGAUUUUAAUUUUUAA